AUGGAUGAGCUUCUAGCACGCCAUAAAAAGGAGCAGCGGGAUUUGGUGAGUCGGAUUACGGGUCUCAAGAAGCAGGCAACCAAGAAGAACCGGAAAUCCGUGAAUUCACAGUGUGUGCAGCUUCAGAACGACCUCGAUGCCAAACACAAGCAAGAAAUAGACGACUUCAAUGGCGUAGAGCCGGAGAAAGACGUUUCUCCUGAAGAGCUAUUGGCUUCUAUGACCAUUGAAGAGAAAAACGAACCCCAAGAAGCGGUUCCAGAAGCAGGCCCAAAGAAGCGAAACAGAGCCAAGGAGCGGUUGCAAAAAAGACAACUACAAGAAGAGGCCAUUCGGAACCAGGCACGAGAAGAAGCAGCUGGAGAAACAGACUACCGUGCGAUUGAGCAGGAGCUGAUGAAGAAGGUGCUAGCGGCCAAUGGGCUCGAGCCCUGGGAAAUCAAGCCUGAUGGACACUGUCUUUUUGCCUCGAUCCAGGACCAGCUCAAACAGAGGAUUGGUACGGAUGUGCUGGUGGAGGAAUUACGAAAAGAGGCUGCUGAUUUCGUCAGAAGCCAUCGUGACGAGUUUGUGCCGUUUUUGUUUGACGAGUCCACCAUGUCGUUACGAGACGUUGAUGAGUACACCCAUGAGCUUGAAACCACGGCGAUGUGGGGGCUGGAUAUGGAGAUAUUGGCGCUUUCGAAGCGCUACGGCGUGAAAAUACGUGUUUUCAGCGCCGGCCUGGCGCCCAUAGACUUUGAGCCUUCUGGAUCAGAAACAACCGAAACCACAAAUUCCGAGGGCACUGGGAAUGUCGCCGUGCUCUACUUGGCGUUCUACAAACACAGCUACGGCUUGGGAGAACACUACGACUCCGCCAGGGACGCCUCCCGGGACCCCGGCAACACUGAGGACGGGGUCCUCGUGUGGAGAACGAUCGAGGCCUGA